CUAAUUUGUCGGGUCAGGGCUGAGUCCCCGCCGCUCACCCGGGCGGGUCUCUCUCUCGGCUCCGCCGGUGCCAGACUGACGCGUCCCGUUGCGCACAGUACUCUUCCAAACGCCGCAGUUUCCACACAGUUCCCUUUCCGGAUCUCACUCUAACCUCGGGGCUUACAGAGAGAAGAAAAAAGCUCUUAACUUCACGACUCGGUACGUUUUCUGUCGGGAUGAUACGGGGGCGGUGACAGGAAGACUCGGGGGGAGUGGACGUGUAUCCCGGGAGGAACAAGGACGAGUCCGGGCUCUCCCCCGAGCAGUUUGCGCAUGGUGCUCCAGCGGUGGCUCGUUUGAUGGAUUUCUUUACCAGAAGCUACUUUAUGAUGUUUGACGUUCACCUUUGAGCUUUUGUGGGAUCCGCUCGGUGCCUCCUCUGAAACUUCACUCUCCUGGUCGUUUCUGGAGCGACAGGAUGGAGUCGCACGCCGGUUCAGCGCUGCAGAAACACGCUCUGCUGUGGCUCAUCAUAGUGGCUCAGUGUUCCCCGGCGCUGGGAUGUGGAGACCACUACGAGUACCUGAUCGAGGAGUUCUGCCUGACCAGAUUCAGGCUAGACAUGCAGGAACUGGACCAGAGUCGGUGGUGUAGCUGGGAGGACACAGCCAAAUUCUAUGAAGAGCUAACAAACUGCACACACCUGUUGGCAAUGAACAUGAGCUGUUACUGGCCCAAUCGACUGGUGGAUGCGUUCUUCAUCCAGGUCCACAGGCUCUACUUCCAUGACUGCCCAGUGUCUGGACGACAACUCAGGGACCCUCCAAAACGCAUUUUGGGUCCUUUCAUAGUGGUUCCCAUCCUGGUCACCCUCCUCAUGACGGCCCUGGUGGUGUGGAGGAGCAAGCGCAGUGAGGGGAUUAUUUAAUAAAGGGAACAGUCAAGGGCUGCACCAGUGACAGUGCUGGGAUUAUGUUAGAAGGUAAAGAUGAACUCCAGGCCAUAAAAAUAAGUUCCACUUCAAUGGAUCUGUGAAGACAUUAACGUUCGUUACAUUUUUGUUUCAUCUUCAAAGAUUUGAGUCUUUUCUUGGGUUUACCAAGCAACUUUUGCUGCAAUGUUCACUUGAAUCUGGACCAGAAAACUGACUGGUGAUAGUAUGUUGUACAUAGAACUAUUUUGUUCUGUGAGGAACUGCUCAAAAGGACGUGUUGUCAACAACAAAGGAACAGACAAUUAAAAGCUCCGAUAGGAAACCCACGAAUAUUCUCGUCCUUACAUGUAUACAUGCACUGUACCUAAAUUACACAUAAUAUGAACAGCUUUGUGAUUAUUGUGUCAUGAUUUUGUUGCAUUUGAUGUAUUUUAUCUACACUACCAGUUCUCCCCAAAUCAAGACAGAGAACAGUGAAGCAGAUGCUCAGUUCAGGUAACGGGAAGCAUGUUUUGGAAAAGUUUGUCAAACUCCAGCUUACUUUUUAAGAACUUCCACAUAUAUAGCCAUGAAAAUUACAAUAAGUUAAACAGUGGGCAGAUGAUAUUGGAAAACACAACUCCAGAUAAAUAGAAGAUUCAAAGCAGUGGGUAACUUUAAGUUAGCCAACGCACAACGCUCCUGAGCACCGUCAUUGCCCAAAGCAAAGCUUGUGAAUCAUGAACCUUGGGUUUCGAUUGAUUUAUGAUCUCUCAGUGUAGUAGAGUGUGCCGCGUGAACUUGUCCUUCAUUGAUGUUUUCAAAUGCUCUUUUUCCUUUAUAAAUUCAUUGACCUGUAACCUGCCUGUCAGCAAAACACACUUUGAGAUACACCCACAGUUUGUACUUUGUGCCAAAACCUCGUGAAGAAAAGAGAGAGCCAUAUUUGUUAUGAAACAAAUAUAUACAACGGAUUCUGUUGGAAUGACUUUCACUGACUGAUUCUGAAAUCUGUGAUUGUGAAGAGAUUUUCAAUAAAAUGUCUGAAGUGUGUCGAAUA